AUGCCGACAGCCCUUGCGCGCAUCAUGCGAAGGGGAGGGGGGGAGAUGAUGCGGGAUUCCUUGGGGAUCAGAGGGUGGUGCGAGGCGAGGCGAGGCGUGGUGAUCAUGCAGGUGGACUGGGGGGGAUCAGCAAGUCGCUUGGGCGAGAUCAGGUUGGUGGGAGACAUGGAGAUCAUGCAAGGGAGAUCAUGCAAGAGGCUUGAGAAAAAUCAGGUUCGCGAGAGACAUCGGAGAUCAUGCAAGCAGUCUGGGAAAGAUCAGCCCACAUCAAUAGUCCCCCUCCUGACUCUCGGGGAAGCACGGAGGCUCUUGGCCCGCCGCCCACCUCCAGCGGCGCCGAGACCUUACAUCACCCCGUCUCAUCGGCCUUGGUCUCGCCCGCGGAUUACGGCUCACCGGGCACUCGCCGGGACAGCGUACUGGUGAGGGAUGGGCGCUAUUCGUGCAGCGCGCAGCCCACCACCCACCCACUUGCCGAUACGCUACCGGUACGCUACCGGAUUUGCGCGCCAAGUUGUCAACGAGCACUUGACAUCGAUCGGACUAGCGACCGAGCACUAGCUUGGGGGGAUGCUUGGUUGUCUAGCUAGGUUUAACCCUAAGGCAUUGCUUGGAUGCGCUAAGAUAUUUGUAGUACUUUAUAGCGAGUUGGGGGGUCUAGAAUAGGGGGCGAUAUGGCAAUACCCGGCAAAUAUUGGGGAUGCAUAGUGUACUAAAAUGGCUGUCCCCCCUAAUCAGCCACGACGACGACGAUAGCACCACCGGCAGGAACAUCCAACACACUUACUCCUCCGGUUCUAUAAUUUCCCCUUCGUACGUACCGUACGUCGCUUUAUAACUGAUCGCAGGUUGUUGGCAUCGAGUUGGUGGACAAUGCUGCGUGCUCGAAGUUGCUCUGACGCAACUGUGAGUUUUUGGAUGUACGUCC